AUGGGAAGUUGUUUCCGUCCAAAAAUUGCCACUGCAAAGAGGUUCAGUCGUUUCAGAUCAACAUUACCAUUACAAUUACCAUGCUCCAAACCCAACAACAUUCAUAAACCCAUCUUCUUCAAGUACCAUGAUGCAAUCGCUGUUUUUGAAGGUAUGUUGAUUGAAGAUCCUACUCCUCCAACACACGAGUUCAAUCAUUUGCUAAGUUCAAUAGCAAAAACAUUCCCCAAAACUAAUGGUGUUGUUGUCGAUUCUUACACUGAGAUGCUGAAAAUGGGUAUUUCUCUUGAUUUAGUUUCCUACAACAUUCUCAUGAAGUGCUAUGCUGAUGCUAAACUCAUGGGUUACUCCUUGUCUCUUUUUGGGAAAGUUUUCAAAUUAGGGUUCCAAUCCACUGGUUUUACUUUGAAUACUUUAUUGAAACCUCUUUUUUCUUCUGGGAAGGUUGUUGAGGCUAUUCAAUUUUACAAUUCAUCUGAUUUUUAUGGGAUUCCAUCUUAUCAUAUCAGUAUUGGGAUAUUGGUGAAGGGUCUUUGCGACCAAGGAAAUGUUCAAACUGCAUUGAUGUGUGUUACGGGAAGCUUUUGUCCUCAUAUAUCUAUGUUGAAUCCAAUUUUUGAUGCCCUCUGUAAGAAUCCCGAUACUUUUCAUCAGGCUUUUUCCUACAACAUUCUCAUGAAGUGCUAUGCUGAUGCUAAACUCUUGGGUUACUCCUUGUCUCUUUUUGGGAAAGUUUUCAAAUUAGGGUUCCAAUCCACUGGUUUUACUUUGAAUACUUUGUUGAAACCUCUUUGUUCUUCUGGGAAGGUUGUUGAGGCUAUUCAGUUUUACAAUUCAUCUGAUUUUUACGGGAUUUCAUCUUUAUCAGAUCAGUAUUGGGAUAUUGGUGAAGGGUCUUUGCGACCAAGGAAAUGUUCAAUCUGCAUUGAUGUGUGUUAG